AUGGAAAGACACUUAUGCCCCGGCCGUAUCCUUCACUCCGGCCGGAGACCAAUCUCUUCUAGGCCUUCUCUCCUCCUAUGCCGCUCGGCCUCCUGGACCCAUCGUCCCGUCACCAUAACAUGCUAUCCAAACGAGAACCAGUUUCUGCUCUCAUACAACAGCAGACCGCUGCCUCCUUUCGAUCCACGAUUCAAAGAAAACCCCGAUGAUUGGAUGCCGGCCUUGCUCAGAUGCGUGCCUCCAUCGCGGAUAAAACCGACAAACAACCCAGGACCAAUUGAGCAGCAUAAAGAUGAUUUCGAUCGAAGUCAUAUCUUGAUGGAGUUGCAGUCCUUGGCAAGGAAAUACCGAAAGGUGGAUCUCUUAUCAUAUCUCGGCUUCAAGAGGAAGCAAUGGACUACCGUCCAUGCGCUGUUGAACAGUCUCAUCGACAACUACCAGCUGCUGGUCCCUUUGAUGCCACCCCGACAGCCUUUGAUGGGAUUGGAUUGGAACAUCGAGGGCGCUUCUCUGAAUCACUUGACGUCGAAACAUAACAGAUUGCAACGAUUGAGUCCCAAGCCACUCAAGUCGGAUCUCGCUUCCCUUGAUGACCUCACAUUACGCCCCACUGCCCAGAACCUUGCCCAGAGGCAUCUGGCGGAAAUCCUGCAGUCCCUCGGAUCUAUAAUCCUCGCGGCAGCAGAUCAUCCACCAAAUGAGUCGAAGAUUGCAAUGUCCUAUGUAUUCCGAGUUCUGGCACGAUUACACCAUGCGGGCAUGAUUUCUGACCGAGUGUAUAAAUACCCUCGCGCGGAUCCCAGCGAGCUGUCUUUUCGCCCGCCGGGACUGCAUUUGCUUUCCACUCACAUCAUGAGUGUUCUGUCCGACGCGGCCUGGUUGGAACACGAAGCCGCUGUUGCCGCUGCGGCUGCCGAAGCAGGAGAAAAGUCCCCAUACCUCCCAUUCAAAAUGGGGAUUCGCGAGCUUGGUCCUGAGAUCUGGUUCGAGUUCAUUCUUUGGUGCUGUGUGGAACAUGGAUUUACCAAGCAAGGCGCGUGGCUGGCAUGGAAGAUGACGAAGCGAGGCAGCAAACGGGCAUGGAAGACCGAGAGUUGGGCGCCCCUGGUGCCAGUUCUCGAUAUUGUGCAACAAACCAAUAUCAGCAACGAACAAUCUUGGCGUCGCCCGGGCAAGAAUCCGCCUCGGUUGUCUAACAGCCGUGACAAGCCCCCCUUCAACGGACUCGGAACAAGGACCAUUAGCACAGAAGUGGUUGUCUCCUUGCGAGACGGCUUGACCAACAAGGCGUAUAAUGGAGUUGGAAACCGUGGUUACUCUCCCGCGACUCUUCUCAAAAUGUCAGCACCUCUGAACUCGCUCAUCAAUUCUCCCGUGUCUGAUACCGAAUUACGGCCAACGCACCGGACGACCAAUUGGCAUGUCGUUCGGGUCCUUGAAUCGGGAUGUCUACUACCAAAGAGUGACCCUCACUCCUUGGAACGGGUAUUACGAUCCCAUGAAAACCUAGCACCCCCGUGGGAGGGACGUGAACUUGUCACGGAAGAACAGCUAAGCGAGAUGACGAGAGCACAGCUCUAUGACGAAACAGCGGCAAUGGUGGGCUUGCUGGAAUACAAUAUCAAGUGUCAUACCUGGCAACAGCAGUCCGGGCGCGCCUUUCAGGAGUACGCCUGGCUUCAGAGCGUCGUGGAUGCGAGUAAAGAGCGCCAUAUUGAAGCAUUCUUCCACCAUCUCGGCCGAUCUGAUUCCCAAAAUAUUCAAUUCUUCGACUCUCAACAGCUUGGUCUGCCCAGUUUAGACCAAUCGUCUCUCCCGCAGGUCUCCAACGUUACUUUUGCUGAACUGCUCGACUUGGCCACUACCUCUCACGCGUUUGGAUUCGGCAAAUCGUUACUGUUUUCCAACGAUGUGGAUGGCCCUGCGAUUCCCCGUAGUGCUUAUGGCGACCAGUCUCUGGCCCCAUCAAUCCUUCGCUUUGCGGCGGCCACACAGAAUCCUGAGCUUUGCAACGAGGUUAUCAAUUCUCUCAGCACGCCUCUGUCCCUCUACACCAUGAAAACUUUGGUUAACCUUCACAUCGCGAUGCGAAACUGGGAUCGCGUGAUCUUUACGCUCAACUACUUGCGGGACCACCGGAUAAAGUCAUGGGGGUUCGACAACGUCACCGCGCUUGCAGCCGUAAUCAUCAAACUGGAUGCCUCCGUCCAACACAAAAGGGCCAGCGGCAUUUCCACCGACGAGAGCGAAAUUCGCGACCUUGAAAGCGCCAAGGACAUCUUACUUCGCAUUUUCCAUGGAGAGUUCAGCACGCCUACUGGCAAACAUCGCGGGGUGCGUCUCUUCCAACAAAAAGCGCUCCUCCGUCUACACCGCGUGUUUUUGUCGAUCCCAGGCUGCCUCCCCGGCUUGAUCAAGCAUGUGAAGUUGAAUUUCCCAGUUGCCAAGCGCCAGAAGCUCUUCUACGUUCCUCCGGAGUCUUUCUACCUUCUUCUUGCUGCCGUCGUGGACUCAUACGGCAGCAUUGCCGGCAAGCGACUAUGGGAGAAAUGGUGUCUGGAGCCACCGUCCCCCCAACGCCUCCGCCAGCAAGACGGCGGCGUGGAGCGCCUUCUACUUGCCAUGGAGCGCAACAACAAUCAAGGCGACCCGAGCUUUAAUCCGGAGUGGUUUGUCAAAAUACAGAAAAAGGCUGUGCUCCCCACCCUCAACGCCGUCCGCAUCAUUGCGCAAGCCGCCAACAAGGGAAUUUACCGCCGCACCAGCCAAGGAGCAGAAACAGAAGCAGAAGCAGCAGAAAACCACUCAGGUUUCAAAGAAGCCCGGGUCUUCUUCUUCUUCCUCCCCUCCCACCCCCAUCGGCUACACCACCACCGUCCCCAAAUCCAUUUUCAAAUACCAAACUCCUCGCGGCGGCAACCCCCCGCCUCCGAGCUCGAAGCCACCCUCGAUUUCUGCGUCGAGAUGUUUCUACGGCUGGAUCUGCCCCACGACCAACUCGACGUCGAAGUCCCCGGCCAUGAGAAGCGCUUGCGCCUCCGUCAUGUCUUUACCCACCCCUUAGCUCGCGACUCGAGACGGGCUAUACAACGGGUCCGGGAGGAUCCCUGGAUUACUUCCUCCGGGGGGUGA